AUGUCCCUGUCUACUGAUCCUGUCACGGAAAUUCGUCGAUUGACCAAUUACCCUCCCCGAUCUGACUAUAAUCGUGCUCCACUACCUGACUACCUUCAUUACAAGUCGAAUGCCCAGCUAAGCCUUGAGAAUCUAUUACAGGGAAACACCAGUGUUGGUGCGCCGGCACCCCGAUCAGUCCUUGUACCAAAUACCCAAGCCCGAGAUGCUAAGCCCCGCCUUCUUCUCAUGGGGCUUCGCCGGAGUGGCAAGUCAUCCAUCGCCAGUGUAGUGUUUCACAAAAUGCCCCCUAAUGAGACUCUCUUUUUGGAGUCAACUACUAGAAUCCAGAAGGAUUCAAUUCAUUCUUUCAUGGACUUUCAAGUCUGGGAUUUCCCGGGUCAGCUCGAAUACCUUGAACCUAGCUUUGACCUGGAAGACAUCUUUGGUAGUCUUGGAGCACUAGUUUGGGUCAUUGAUGCACAGGAUGACUACCUGGACUCGGUCGCACGACUCAACAGAACUAUUUUGACAGUUCAGCAAUACUACCCCGGCAUCAACGUUGAAGUUUUCAUCCACAAAGUUGAUGGACUUUCCGAUGAGUACCGCACCGACACCUUCCAGGACAUUGUGCAGCGGAUUUCCGACGAGCUCAGCGAUGCCGGAUACGAGAAUGCGCCUGUCCACUAUUACCUCACAUCCAUCUACGAUUACUCCGUGUUCGAAGCCUUUAGCAAGGUCAUUCAGAAACUGAUCCCUAACCUCUCUACCCUCGAAAAUCUGAUCAACACCGUCGCCAACAACUGUGGCUUUGAGAAGACGUAUCUCUUUGAUGUCCUGAGCAAGAUAUACAUUGCCUCCGACACUCGCCCUGUCGACAUGGCCUGCUAUGAAAUGUGCUCUGACUACAUCGACGUAAUUGUCGAUAUUUCCGAGCUUUACUCUUGGGAUCACCCGGAGCGCAAGGCUAAAGGAGAGCAGAUUCAAGAAGCUGAGGCUCACGUCGUGCUGCACGAUGAGACCAUGAUUCAUCUUAUGGAAAUGAACAAAUACCUUUGCUUGGUGUCCGUCAUUCGCAACCCCGAGGCUAAAGAGAAACGGGGUCUCAUCGACCUGAACUGCCGUACCUUUCAAGAGGCUCUGAACGAUGUGUUCAACCGCAGCUGGGAGGUGGGUGAUGAAGUUGCUCUACUGGAAUAA